GUGCACUCUAGAAAUGUAUCAAAAGUAAAUUUGAACGUUCGUCCGAUCCGUAAAGAAUAAUAACUAUUGUUGCUGAUAUCGUACAGAGUUUUGUUUCUCAGUAUUGCCAUGGCUGCCGCCUGCAUCAUCUGCAACAAUUCGCCGGAUAGGAGACCGGAUUGCACACUAUUCUCUCUCCCGGACAAAGAUGAACAACCGGUAGAGUAUCAAAAAUAUUUAACGGCAUGCGACCUGGACGAAUCAUGCCUCCCCGGUGACGGAAAUUUGCUGUACAUUUGUUCGACCCAUUUUGAGCCACACUGCUUCGAGGAAAGCUCUGCGGAAGAAAUUGUCUUGAAAGAAGGAGCCAUGCCCAGUUUGAACAUGGAGCGGAUCGAAAUCGAGGCUUAUGUGGACGAAGAUUUUCAGAUUCUGGAUGAGUACAUGCCGUUGUUUAAUAUUAAGCAGACCAAAAUGGAGACGGAAAUAUCCGUUGAUCUAACGCUAGAUGAUGAUGAUGCUGACGAUCGUCCCUCGGUUGAGACUUUCCUCGUUCCAAAGCCUGAACCUAUAGAGGAAAUUAUAGAGGAAGGAAUCAUUUGUGAUGAGAAUGAAGUCAAAACGGAAGCUCCCGAUGCCGACGAAGGCAUACCGGAUCCGUUCGACGACCUGAGUCCACCGGCCGAUGGAAAAUACUGCAUAUUAUGCGAUGAUAAUGAAAGUAAGAAUCCAUCCUGCAAGCUGUAUAUUUUUCCUCGUAAAAUUCCCAAGAUCUACCGUAAAUGGAUGUCUGCAGCCGGUUUGGAUAUAGAACAGUAUAAAAAUACAGACAUCUAUAGCUGUAGCCGGCAUUUCCCCAAGAAUGGAUUUUUUGCUGGUGGCAAAUUCAUUCAGAGUUGGGCUACCCCGAAUUUAAAUAUACCAGCCAGGAAGCGACCUGUAGAAGUUCCUGUACCUAGCACCAUUUCAAAACCCCAGGCAACAGUUAUUGAUUCAACUCCAGAAACAUCUACCAAAGAAAAACCGGUUGGAGCAAAAAUCAUCAUCAAAUCAAACCCGGAGAAUCGGAAAAAUGCAGAAGCACUGAACAUAGACCCGGAUAGCUAUGCACAAACGUUUGCCAAAGUCGUCAUGGAGUUGAUGCCUAAGAAAAUCAAUUACAACGGCGUCGACCGACCGGUCACUGGUACGAUCGUGUUUCACUCCAACUUAUUUUAAGAUAUGUGUUAAAAUUGUAUUCAUAGAUAAUACGUACAAGGACUAUUCGGAUGUUUUAAAUUCCAUCUUAAAGAAUAAACAACUUAUUUAAUCUAAC